AUGGGAAUUGAUCCAUCACCACACUCCUCAAUACGUCGAAAGAUGAAAGGAAGCACGAUUGGAGGUAUCAAUGGAGUCGACAGCCAUGGCACCAGCAGUAACCAUCGCCAGUCGUUAGCAUUCGAACUAGCAGCGGCCAUGGAACCAGAGGAGAACGAUCAAGCGAGCAUUCUCGAACAACUAGGCCUCGGCGGCGGCGACGACGACGACGACGACGACGACGAUGAUGAUCAAAAUGGUAUUGAUGAUCAGGGAGUGGGAGAAGAUCAAGAUCAGAUCGAUAAUCAAGCCGAUGACCAAGACGAUACGAUUUAUGAGGACGAAGAAUAUCCCGGCCCGGAUCGAUUCGACUCAAAUGAUGAUCAGUCGUCCCUGCAAUUUCUCGAAUCCCAACGGCUCAGACUCCAGCCGAGUCGGUCGACGAUCGGCUCGACCAACAAGCGUUACUCGAAUGCGUCCAACUUUGGCUCCUCGAGCUCUCCACGUAAAUCGUCAACUCGGGAUGCCAGUCUAUCAACCCCCAUGAGGACCCUUGGCAGAGAGCUUUCCCGUUCAACCUUGAACACCAUCGAUCCCGCUUCAGCUUCAAAUAUGGACAGCCUCGACUUUGAUCAAUCUGGCCAUCCAAUCGAUCUCCAACACCAAGAUCAUCCCCAGAUCGAAGAGGACGACGAAGCUGGGAUGUUUGGCGCCCAGAGAUCCCCAGAGGAUUUCGAACCAUCCGAGGAUGAAGAUGCCGAAAUCUUGGAGGCCGGAUUGAAAUCAACUGCCCAAUUCUUGAAUCUAUUGAAACAGUCAAACACGGAUUGUCCAGCAUCAUUGCUGAUCCAGAAAGCGCCUGAUAGUCAACAGACCACCCAGCCUUCCAGUCGAUCAACAACGCCGACGAGCAAGAGACAGACGAUCGAGGAGAACCAAUCGGACAGACAACCGGUAGUCGAGAAGAUGAUCACCGACAUCGUGCGGACGAUGACCGAGCAAGUCCGAGACCGCGAGUCACAGAUCCGGGAGCUCAAGGAGAUCGAGAUCGCACUUGCAAGGACCGACAGAAGGUUCCUGGCUGACCUGGAAGAAUUACCCGAUCUGUUCGAAGAGCGAGACUUCAGGAACUCGACGAUCUUGGGCAAGUCUCUAGUCAGCUCAUCGGACCACCCAGGAUUGUCGAUCCAUGGAUCGCCCAAGCCGAUCGAGGACUUAGACCCGCUCGAUCCGCUCGACCACGAGCAUGUUGGUGGUGGAGUGGAUGAAGAAGUUGAGGAGGAUGAGGAGGAUUUGCUGGAGGAUGGACGAUUGACGCCGAGGGGUACACGGGAAGAGAAGCGCAUCUCAAUACAACCCGACGAACAUUCUUCCAAGGAAGAUCGAAGAAAGGCGAAGAAGAUGGCUGAGGAACGACGGCCGAUGGAAAACUUGGGAGAACUGAAGCUGAUCACCAACAGUCUGAUCCACUCGUUAAACCAGAUCCACGAACACACUCAGAUCAGUAGACAAACCCAAAUCGAGAUCGUCCGGAAACUUAAGGGGGUCAAAGGAUUGGUGGCCAAUUGGAAGACGGAUUUCGACUCGAUCCAGAACUCGAUCGACUUUAUCUCCACUUGGGAAUCCAAUCAGUUCAGCUCCUCUUCUUCUGUUGACUCUUUACAAGAAUCGCCCCUUCAAAAUUAUAGGGGUCAGAAGAUUAGAGGGAUCUUUGAGGUCCAAGUCAAAUUAGCUACAUCAGAAGUAGAAAAACUCUUGAAUGAAGCCUUCACCAAUGCAUCCACUCUGCUCCAACCACACCCUCCUCCACCUUCACUAAUCAACUAA